GUCUCUACCACAUGGCCUGCGUUGCGUUUCUCAAAAUGGAUCCUGUCUUCCUUUGGGAUACGAGUCUGGUAGCAUAUUGCUCUAACUCGAUUGCCUCACCUCCUCGCCCUGCCUGAAUCUGGUUCACCCCGUGACUCUUCGCUCGCAUUUGCUUUGCUGUUUCUUCUCCGCUGCCAUGUAUUUCGAGCCAAUUACGCACCGACCUCGUCACUUGCGCACAGCUUUUCUGCCUUCCUUUAGUGGUAUUUGGUGGUGGAGCACUCGGUGGACCGACUCCUGUGUACGGCCUCUCGUUUUUUUCGCCCCCUCUGCCUCACCAGCCAGCCAGCAGCCUAUCUUCCUAGCUGCUGCUUUGCCUCGUCCCCGCGAUCUUUUCCAUGCCGUGAAACGGGGAGAACGCUGUGUACUACCUGGCUCAUAUUCGACCUUGGUUCUUUACCGGCUUUCUUGUUGGGUCGCAUCCCAUUUGGGGCGUUUUCUUGCGUCUGGUGCUCAUCUUUCCACACCGGCACGGCCUAGGUGCUGUGAAACGGGGUUUCCUUUCAGUCGAGCAUAUACAUUUAAUGCUUGGACAACCACAAGUCGUCUUAGCCUGUCUUGUAAUGGGAGCUCCAUGUACUAAUCUUUGAUCAAGCAGACUCUGCGGUACCUCGUGAGCGAAGCGAUUCCCGGCGGGCAACUUCCAGCAAGCCAUUUCGCCAACAGCCUGUUCGAGGCUUCCUAAGGUAUUCGAGAU